AAUCAAAUGAGACCGCAUUCAUAUAAUUACAGGCAUAUAAAUGACAAGGGAAAAAAGGAAAAAAAAUUCAAUUAUUACUCUAUUUAAUUUGCUUUAUGAAGAUUGCGUGUGUGCGCGCACGCGCGAGUUUGUGUGUGUGUGUGUGUGUGUGUGUCAAUACACAAGUGGGUGCCAAAGAGUUGAACCAUUUUUCUCCGGUCUCAGUACAGUAGGGUAGGGUACUGAGAAGGGAGAAUCCUUGAUGAAGAGACAAACACAAUAUAGUCGUUGUUAAGACAUUGCAAGAAGCGCUUGAAGCUAAUUUACAGAAAUACGUAACUUUGCUUUGUUUUUUAUUUUUUUUACUUAUUUAAUAUUCAAAAUAGUCCAUAUGAUUACAACUAGCUGUGGAUAGAUCUUAGCCGGGUAAACAUAAUGCUAAUUACAUAACGCAAGGUGAAUUCGGUUAUACGCUCGACGUUAAAUGCGGAUGUUAAUUCGUCAGUUGAUAGCAGACACUUGUUAAUAUAUGAAUAUACGCAUAUAGUGGUGUGGUUCUUAUUCAUAAGACUAGAAUAACAAAUACUUUGGAAAAAUCAAAUGAUAUGUUUCAUCGUCGACACAAUGAUUUGAGUGCUUCAAGUACUACAUGAGAGAAUUUCCUAACAAUAUAGAAAUAAAGCAGCCGCGAUAAUUUACUAAUGGGCUAUACCAGUGUUUUCAUAUUAUUUUUGCUCCACAAUAUUGUUACGAAUUUAUGUUUAGCAGUUUCGGUUAAUUUUAAACAUGUAUAUCAUCCCUGUGCUGAUCGCAAUCUUCAUUCUCAAAUCACAAUGGCGAGUUGCACUUAUGAUAAGGAUUGCAUCGAAAAUGCCUACUGCUGGAAUCAUGAAACAUGCUACUGUAUGGAAGGAUAUUUGGUUAACAGAAAUGACACUGCUUUGGAAUGCUUGAAAAUCGCUUCAGAAAUCGGCGACCCAUGCACCGCCAAUGUGCAGUGCCAUGUGACCUUCACUGCUCAAGCAGAAUGCCGGAACAAUACAUGUACCUGCACCAAGGGAUCUCACUACGAACCUGAGCCAAAGAGAUGUUAUGAAUCUAUCGAAAUUGGACAUAUGUGUCAGACUUCAUAUAACUGUCGUACAAGUGACAACUCUUCAAGUUUCUGUGUUGAUGGAUUCUGUAGUUGCCCGCUCCAACAUCAUGCCAAUGGAAAAGAAUGCCUGAAAAGUGCUUUUCUAGGCGACCAGUGUACUAUCGAUGAUGAAUGUGUAGAUUUCCAUUCUCAUUGUUUCGGCACGUGCAUUUGCAAAAUAGAUUAUGUACGUUCCAGUGAUGGCAAACGCUGCUUGAAAGCUGCUAAUUCAAUGGGUGAUCCAUGUAUUGAAGACUCUCAAUGCACUGCAUCUCUUAAAAAUUCUAAAUGUGACAAUGAUAACACGUGCACAUGUUUGAUUAAUUUAAAACGACGGGGAUCAGUGUGUUUCAGAAAAUUGAAUCCCCAUAUGCUGGGUAAUAAAUGUAUCAAUCGAACUCAAUGCGUUGAGCCAACAGUUCCUGAAACUGUUGUAGAUGAAACAGAAGUCACCAAUGUCGACUGUAUAAAUGGAAGUUGCUCUUGUGCUGAGGGCUAUACGCAAACAGAAACUAUGGACGAUUGCAUCAGAUUCAGCGAAAAUGGUACAUCGGCAAUGUCAAAUGACAUAUCGAUUUCAAUCUGCUUUUUCUCCUCGAUACUCAUUUAUUUGAGUCAUUUGAAUCAAUACAAUUAUAAAAAAUAAUCAUAAAUUGUUUGAUUAUUAUACUUUAUAAAUAAAAUUUCAAUGGAAUAUCA